AGCAUCAGGGUGAGGUGGCAGCCGCCCCCGCCGGGCUCCCAGCACGGUUUCCUCACCGGCUACAAAAUCCGGCACCGGAGAAAUUCCCGGCGAGGAGAGGCGGAAACCUUGGAAGGCACGAACCUCUGGUGCCUCUUCACAGAUUUGGACAAGGGCAGCCAGCACAGCUUCCAAGUGGCGGCGAUGACGGCGAACGGGACGGGGCCGCCCUCGGCCUGGGUGGCAGCUGAGACUCCUGACCAUGAUCUGGAUGAAUCUCAGGUUCCUGAGCAGCCCAGCUCGCUGCACGUGCGCCCUUUACCCUCAGGGAUCUCGCUGAGCUGGACGCCGCCUCAGAACCCGAACGUUGUGAUCCGGGGCUUCCUCAUUGGCUACGGGGUGGGCAGUCCCUACGCUGCCACUGUCACCCUGGAGCCCAAACAGAGGUCCUACAACAUCCUAAACUUGGAACCCAAUUCCCAUUAUGUGAUUUCACUGAAAGCUUUCAACAAGCCGUGA